AUGGCGUAUAAUGACGUGCAAAGCAGUAAAUGUGUAUAUGAUGUUACAUACGAGGCAAAAGCUAGACAUAGGGAAAAGGGAAAAAAGCAUGUAACCCCAGCACUGGCUUGGUUGUGCAGCAAUGUUUUGAUUUUGGGCAGAGCUCAGGCUGUGGUUGGCCAUGGACCCGGUCAUGACCCUUGUCGGUCUGCAAAAGGACGGAAUAGCGGUGGCUGGGACAACGUCAAGACUUGGGAGUCGACGAGUCUCUGGUCUGGUCUGGUCUGGUGUGGUGUGGUACAGCCAGGCAGAGGGGAGAGGCUCCAACUGGGACCACCCGAGCCGGCGCUAACUGUCAAUGGAUCCAAUGGUGGGGCACACUGGGCGACAUUUCAGCUUUCUUUGAUGAAGUGUCGGAAGAUGAUCGUCAGCCUUUUGCCGCUCAUGCAGCGUGGCAACUUUGAUGGAGUUGCAACAUGUGUGUGGCCAUUCAACCAAGACAGUUUUGCGGCUCUCGACUGGAAUGCACAGAUGAGAGACCCUCUUCCACGUCAUAGGGCCACCAUUGACCUUCCUGCUCCUGUCUGCACUGCGCACUCCGUGUAUGUAUGUACUUUUGAAUCAUUCAGCAACAAUCUGUGGUCUCUAAUUACGGCUCCUCACAUUCCUGCUCCAUGUGGAACUACGGGCACUAGCAUCUGA